AUGACCGAGAAAGAGGACGAGCAGCUUCUAGCUGAUGCCUCCACUCUUCUAAUGUUUGCCAACACUGCGGCUCGCCAACGGUCGCCAGAUGCCUCUACACAGCCCAAAAUACCUGACCCAAGCGUCAAAUCCACAACUCCUCCUACAUCCACGCCGUCUGGAGGGACGUCAAAACCGGCUGACAAGUCGCUGCCACCGCAAACAGUUCCUCCACCCGUUUUCUCUGGUCAGAAUACCCACCUUCCUCCCAUGGUUUCGAUGAACCCUCCUCCACAAACGUUUCCGCCAGUGUCAUCACAAAAGCUAGCGGGCACUAGCCAUCCAGACUCUGGAUCACCUCCCAUGCCCAAACCACACCUUGUACACAUCCGUCCAGCCCAGCAGGUACAUCCUGGCGGGCUCGGACACCCUGGUUACUCUUAUUAUCCCUAUGGAUAUGUUCUGGGUCAUCCACUGGGGCAUCCACAGGCACCCUCACACGGACCACCGCCGCUGUUGGGUGCCCCAAUGCUGUUUACAGCCCAUAAUGCGCCUCCAGUAAUGCUGACUUCGUCAGAAGUGCCGUCGCAAAAGGUUUCACCCCAGAUUUCGCCGUCUGUGCAGCAGAUGUAUCUCCACGACACUUCCAAGGCGGCAAACACCCCCCCAGCGGAUCGUGCGCAGCUGGCAUUCCACCUUCCGCACCAUGGCAACUUGCCAGUACAAGGAAGCUUCCAGACUCAUCGUAGGACGGUUUCUGCCGGUCAUCAGCCUGAAAGCAUGAUUGACAAGGUGACUCCUCCUUCUGCUUCGCCCGGACCAGCAAAUGUCACGCUAUCUAGAGGCAUCAACGUGGAGACAGGAAAGAGAAACAAUGACAAUGCGAUGAUUGCCGCAGCGGCGUUGGCAGCUGCAGCAGAAGUACCAUUCCCUUUAAAGAACAAAGAUGAAAUUAAGAAUGCUGGCAAGAAUGAACAGCAGAAAGAUGAGGCAUCUCAUCCCAAGGGUAUUUUGCAGGUAUCAGGCGCCACUAUUGUCAAGACCGAAGACUCCGUAAUGACAGAGCCAGAGGACGAUGAAAACCGCACGGAGGACGAGCCUGAGUCUCGUGGAACGGCAAUGCUGGACGCUGCCGAAGAGCUAACAGGCGGCUUGAACAUAGGCACACGUGCUGCUGCUGAAACAUCAGCCCCCCAUUCGCCACAACCAAAGCUUGAAAAAGCUUCACGUUCUCAUGCGGAAACUACUGGUUCCGCUAACAUUGCUUCGCAUCCAUCUACGACACAAAAUUCUCCUUCUAACAGCGUGAUAGCAUCGCCUGCCUCCGGAAAAGCCAUCAGACCGAAUACCAAAGUCGCAUUCCAACCACCACCGCUUAGCGAGUACAAAGUUGAUCCCGACUCUGGAAUGAUUGGUUGCAUUUGUGGCAUAGAAGAAGAUGAUGGCUUCACGAUCCAGUGUGACGUGUGCUUCAGAUGGCAACAUUGUUCGUGUAUGGGCUACAAGACUAAUGAGGAGGUCCCAGAAGACGUUUACAAAUGCUACUACUGUGAUGAGACCAAGUGGAACAGAUUCGAUCCCGCCGUUUGCCGAACAAGUACUUUGGCCAGAUUGGAUUUGGACAAAGUGAACGAGCCCCAAUUCAAACCAGCGCCUCCGAAACGUAAAACUCUGAAUUCUGGAGGUGAGGAAAAGAAAAGAAGAAAGUCCGAGAAGGACGCAAGAGGGCCCGAUAAGCUAGUUGCUGACAAGAGAAAGCCAUCGCUUCCUGCGACUAAUAUGCCAACUCUGACAUCUCCAACUUCUGCUACGUUUGACAUCAAUAACAAGGAUAAUCCUUUGCUAGAAGAGGGGGUGAGCGUCGAACUGUAUCAAAGUGUUUACUACAAAUUGAAGGACUAUGACUACAAAACAAAAGAAGUGAAGAAGCAGCUUGAAGAGUGGGGUCGUGAAUACGAACAAUCGGGUCUUUCUGGAAUAGAUAUAAUGACGCCAACUGCUUACAAGGGAAUUAAAUUCAGCAAAGUCAACUUGCCUAACUACCAGAAGUAUUUACAGGACAGAAACGAACUUCGACGGGGCAAGGGCUUCAAUGAAACUACCAUCCAAGUGAAAGCGUACAGCGACAACCCCAAACAGAAGUUUAUCGGUAUCUCGAAGAUGGGUCUCUUUAUUACAAAGAGAGCUGACGCUAGCGAUGGCGAUGUUAUUCCAGCUGGAAUAGCGGUUAUUGAAUACUUGGGUGAAGUAGAUUUCCUUGAACUGUACAUGGCAAACCUUGCAAACCAAUACUCUACUUGGGGAACCGUGAAACCUCAAGUUGCCCGUGUUAAUUUGCAAUUACAAGAGAAUGCUGAACCAAUUCCAAUUGUUCUCGAUGCUCGAUUUGUUGGUAAUGAGGCCAGAUUCAUCAGAAAGUCUUGUGCAACUACUGCCAACUGUGAAAUAAGAUCGGUCUAUAUCCCUCUGAUGCGGACUUUCAAACAUAUCGUUUACACCACUAAACCUAUUACAUUGAAGGGUGAGAAUUUGGAAGAAGAACUCAGACUCAAAUGGGAGUGGGACAAAAACCACCCAAUCAAUAAAAUGAUAGAACUGAAUCCAGAAGGAAAUAGUGUGGAAGGUUUGAAGUUCGAAGAUUUCACCGAUGAGGAGAAAGUCUUGCUAGUAUCUGGUGUUGAUACUAUACUUAAUUUUGUUGAAUGUGCUUGUAACACUACUUCAAUUAACCUGCAAUGCUCUAUCUUCAAGAUCAAGAAGGCGACCUCUUAUUUACUUCGUUCGACGAGAAAAGCUUCUAGUCUUACCAAUAUUGCCUUCAAUAAGUCGAAGGAUGAACUUGUGAUGCCAAGAAAGUCAAAGCAGUAUAUUUCAUGGAAAGAGCGCUUAACUGAGAGAGAUGAGCUACUUCAUAUGUCCAUUUUUUCGACGUCUACUACGGAUGAUAAUAGUGAGUCAAAUAUUGAAAGCCAAUAUGGAGCAGCAGAAGAGGAAGAGGGCGUCAUGGACUCGCAGAUUACUCCAGACGAAGAAGAACCUGAACAUCACAGAAAAACACAAAAAUUGCCUUAUAAGCAGCAACUCAUUUCGCAUGGAAGAAAGUAUGCUACAAGGAAGUAUAUCACUGAUAGUGGUGACGCUACCAUUGACAAUGCUAACCACGUUCCCAAAACUAUUGCUGUUCCCUUAGUUUCAGACAUCAUCGUGUCGAUUAAGGAGGCUGUGAACAAUACGUUGAAACCGUUGGCCAAGAUAUCUAGUAAUGUCAACAUUGUUGCAAAUUCCAGCCAGCUUGUGCAGCCUCGAGCAGAGGCUGAACCAUCCCAGCAAACGCGGAAAGAAGCCUCUCCUGGACUUCUUGCAAAGACAGAAUCUCCCGUGGCUGAGACUAAGCUGAUUGCACCUCCAGUGGUCAAAAAGUUAUCCUUUGCGGACUACAAGAAGAAGAUGAAAUAA